GUUGGUCUGUCAGUCGGUUCGCCAAACCGAUGAGCUUGCGUUUUUGUUGACUGGUGUUUGGAAGCAGUGACUACGACCGGACAACAUAUCCCGGGAAAUCGCGUAAAAUCCUUCUGUUCCGUUGAACUGCUGUGGUCCAUUUCAGCGAAAUGACCAAUUCUACCAAGAUGGAAGUGGAUACCCAGAAGGGGGAAGGCUUUCGCUCGUACUACAUCCAGAAGAUCGAGGAGCUGCAGUUGAUUGUGGCGGAGAAGAAUCAGAACUUGCGUCGUUUGCAAGCGCAACGGAAUGAGUUGAACGCCAAGGUGCGUAUGUUGCGAGAGGAGUUGCAGCUGCUGCAGGAACAGGGAAGCUACGUCGGCGAAGUGGUUAAGCCCAUGGACAAGAAGAAGGUGCUGGUCAAGGUGCACCCGGAGGGAAAGUUCGUGGUGGACAUCGAUAAGAACAUCGACAUCAACGACGUUACGCCGAACUGUCGGGUAGCUUUGAGGAACGAGAGCUACACGCUGCACAAGAUCCUGCCGAACAAGGUCGAUCCGUUGGUGUCGCUGAUGAUGGUGGAGAAGGUUCCGGAUUCGACGUACGAAAUGGUCGGUGGGCUGGACAAGCAGAUCAAGGAGAUUAAGGAGGUGAUCGAGUUGCCGGUGAAGCAUCCGGAGCUGUUCGAUGCGCUGGGUAUUGCCCAGCCGAAGGGAGUGCUGCUGUAUGGACCGCCUGGAACGGGAAAGACCUUGUUGGCGCGAGCUGUGGCCCAUCAUACGGAGUGUACGUUUAUACGCGUUUCUGGAUCGGAAUUGGUGCAGAAGUUUAUCGGCGAGGGUUCGCGAAUGGUGCGGGAGCUGUUCGUGAUGGCGAGAGAACACGCUCCGUCGAUCAUCUUCAUGGACGAAAUCGAUUCCAUCGGAUCGUCCCGUAUCGAAAGCGGCAGCGGUGGUGAUUCCGAGGUGCAGCGUACUAUGUUGGAGUUGUUGAACCAGCUGGAUGGGUUCGAGGCGACCAAGAACAUCAAGGUCAUCAUGGCCACCAAUCGGAUUGACAUCCUGGAUCCGGCCCUGCUGCGUCCCGGUCGUAUCGAUCGUAAGAUCGAAUUCCCGCCACCAAACGAGGAAGCCCGUUUGGACAUUCUGAAGAUUCACUCGCGCAAGAUGAACCUGACGCGUGGUAUUAAUCUGCGAAAGAUCGCCGAGCUGAUGCCGGGUGCUUCCGGGGCCGAGGUGAAGGGCGUUUGUACCGAGGCGGGAAUGUACGCCCUGCGGGAGCGUCGGGUCCACGUCACACAGGAAGACUUCGAGAUGGCCGUCGCCAAGGUGAUGCAGAAGGACUCCGAGAAGAACAUGUCGAUCAAGAAGCUCUGGAAGUAAGGAGGUUGUGGAGUGAUUUUGCUUUUGCGAAACAAAAAUAUUGCUUAGAAUAUGUAAUCGAUACUUUUCUUCAAGACUAUCUGUAAUUUGCUUAAACUUAUGAUAAUAAACAAUGAAAAUUUAAA